CCUAUUGUCAGAUCCCAACGGGUCGUGAGGGGAUUCAUGGUUAGUGGCUGGUACUUUAAACAAUGAAAACUUUAUCAACAAAAGAAAACCGGUAAUGAUCAGAAACAAACAAAAGAUUGCGGAGAUUUCAUUUUUUUUUUUCUAGAAACGGGAAUCUAAUGUUGUUCAUGACAUGAGAAGGGCAUUUCUUCUGUGCGUGGUGCUGUCCCUCAGCCAAAUCAUGAUUUUCAUAAUUUUGACAUUCAUUCGCAAAAGCGAUUUGUACAUGAAUCUUUGGUUAUCGUCAGAAUGGACGCAUUUUCCGAGAGAUCAAAGAUUGGGAUCAACGGAGCAAAGAUGGCAACAUCAAAACAAAACAACAGCGAGUUUGAAAGCCGCUGUAACCACAGCGCUUAUGCAUUCAAAGCCAACAGAAAUAACUCCAUUUUCUUUAUCUUUGACUCGACGAAAAUCUCGUUUGAAGUUAAUUGUGGCAAUUCUGUCCGCGCCCACUCGCACGGACCGAAGACAGGGUAUUCGUCGAACGUGGAAGAGCGAUUGCAAUUCUCCUGAUGUACUUUGUAGAUUUUUCACUGAUAGCUUGUCUGCUUUGGACGAGAGCCUAAGAAACGCAUUGAUAAAAGAGAACGGCCUAUAUGGAGACGUAGAGUUUAUGAGCGUUCCGCGAGGGUUUAACUUUGCGAGAAGAUUUUUAUGGAUUCUAGAGUGGUCUACCAGGAAUUACGAGUUUGACUUUGUGCUAAGAAUUGAUGAUGAUUAUUUUUUGUGCUUGGGAAGACUUUUAGCAGAAUUACCGCAAAGGGCGAAAACCCCACGGUUGUACUGGGGCUAUAUUCACUGUGUAACAGAAGGCCAAGUAAGAGUGGACGAGGGCUUUCUUCUCCUCUCCGCUGACCUUGUAAAUGAGUUCGUGGGCAACAAGUCGUCUCUCCUCUGUCAUCCAUUCGGUGAUCAGGCAGUCGCCAUGUGGCUCAACAACCGUACUGACGUCACUCGGUUCCAUGACCCUCGAGUCGUUCACACUGUCACGUCCACAAAGCCAGAAUUCAAAAAAGUCAAGAACUUAUGUGGUACGUACCUGGCCCUUCAUGGCAGCUACCUUCACGAUAACCUGAUCUACUGGAACAAUGUCAAGAGUAAUCUGGAUAUGGACUACUGGGUUCCGAGUAUACAGCCUUUUCAUGAGGUCUGUAAACUCAGCACGUUUUUUGACUGGAGGAAAAUGGUGGGCAAACUAUACAGAUGGGAGCCUAAGCCUUGUGCAACCAACACCGUCUGGGAUUUCGGGGGAUACAAAAUGCAUAUUGGUAGAAGCAGAAUGUGAUCUGCAAAGCUCAGUUUAUUCUGCCGCCAUUUUGUAGUGAAAACAUCCAUUUCCAUCGGCUGAUUUGGGGGAAGCAUUAGAGGUAUUUUUUUAUUGAAUUUGGUAAAUGAAUUAUAGGCAUUGCUUUUAGAUGGUUAUUUUGACAUUUCUUCAAAUAAUUAAUAAUAAUCUUUAAAUAUGUAUGAAUGGGAUAAAACGAGCUUAUUUUGGGAAAACAAUAAACAUAAGACUUAAAUUUA